UCGACGCCGCCGCCGGCAGAGAAGGAGCGAAGGCGGGAAGGCAGGACGGAGGACUCUUCUCUCCUCCUCGCAACUUCCCUCGGAGCGAGUUCGGGUCUCGCGGCCGCGAUGGAGGGGCGGCCGGGCGGGAGGCGCGGAAGAGGGCGAAGCGAGGCGGCGGCGGCGGCACCGGCACCCGACGGCGAGGAGGCGGAGAGGACCCCCCCGCGCUGAGAAGUGGUCUCGCCCUCGCUCUCUCCCCUACAGGGGCGCGCGCCCGGCCCCGGGAAGAGACCACUGAGGGGGACGGGGGGAGGCGGAGGAGGAGGAGGAGAAGAUGGCUCUGGAGCAGGUCUACUCUGUGCUGGAAGUGUUCUUGAUAACAAUACUCGUAGUGGAAGGGAUUGCUGUGGCUCAGAAGACUCAAGUUGGCCAGAAUACUGGAGGCAACCGCAUGGCAUCUACCCAGUGCAGCGACUGGGUGCGAACAAGCAACGGAGGCCACUUUGCUUCACCAAACUUCCCUAAAUUCUACCCACCCAACCAGGAAUGCGUCUAUAUUUUAGAAGCCGCUCCACGCCAAAGAAUUGAAUUGACUUUUGAUGAGCCAUAUUACAUUGAGCCUUCAUUCGAAUGUCGCUUUGAUCACCUGGAGGUUCGAGACGGACCCUUUGGUUUCUCCCCCCUCAUUGACCGCUACUGUGGUCUCAAAAGCCCGACCCUGAUUAGAUCAACAGGCAGAUUUAUGUGGAUAAAGUUUACUUCCGACGAAGAGCUCGAAGGAGAGGGAUUUAAAGCAAAGUAUUCCUUUAUACCAGACCCUGACUUCACAUACCUAGGAGGUAUUUUAAAUCCCAUUCCAGAUUGCCAAUUUGAGCUCUCCGGAGCCGAUGGGAUCGUGCGGUCCAGUCAGGUAGAACAGGAAGAGAAAACAAAGCCUGGGCAAGCGGUGGACUGCAUAUGGACCAUUAAAGCCACUCCAAACGCUAAGAUCUAUUUAAGAUUUCUAGACUACCAAAUGGAACAUUCCAAUGAAUGCAAAAGGAACUUUGUGGCUGUGUAUGAUGGAAGCAGUUCCAUCGAAAACUUGAAAGCAAAGUUUUGCAGCACAGUCGCAAAUGAUGUUAUGCUACAGACCGGGACUGGAGUGGUGCGGAUGUGGGCGGAUGAAGGCAGUAGAUUAAGCAGAUUCAGAAUGCUCUUUACAUCAUUCGUGGAUCCUCCCUGCUCGGGUGGCACUUACUUUUGCCAUAGCAACAUGUGCAUCAAUAAUUCUCUGGUCUGCAAUGGCAUUCAAAACUGUGCAUAUCCUUGGGAUGAAAACCACUGCAAAGAAAAGAAGAAAACAGGGUUAUUUGAACAAAUAACCAAAACCCACGGAACGAUAAUUGGCAUCACUUCCGGGAUUGUCUUGGUUCUUCUCAUCAUUUCGAUCCUGGUGCAGGUCAAGCAGCCUCGCAAGAAGGUGAUGGCUUGCAAAACUACUUUUAAUAAAACCGGCUUCCAGGAGGUGUUUGAUCCUCCUCAUUAUGAGCUCUUUUCACUGAGAGACAAAGAGAUUUCUGCCGACUUGGCCGACCUCUCCGAGGAACUUGAAAACUACCAGAAAAUGAGGCGCUCCUCCACGGCGUCGAGGUGCAUCCACGACCAUCAUUGUGGCUCCCAGACUGCGGCAGUAAAGCAAAGCAGGACCAACCUCAGUUCAAUGGAGCUUCCUUUCCGCAACGACUUUGCACAGCCGCAGCCCAUGAAGACCUUUAAUAGCACCUUCAAAAAAAGCAGCUAUACUUUCAAACAAGCUCAUGAGUGCCCAGAGCAGGUGAUAGAGGAUCGAGUGAUGGAAGAGAUUCCUUGCGAAAUCUACGUCCGGGGCCGGGAGGACGCUGCUCAGGGCUCAUUAUCAAUUGACUUUUAGCCUCCUUUCAAAGGUCAUCUUCUUAGUCUGAAGCUUAAUUACCUGAGUAAUAAAACGAAAUAAGUGGACAGAGCACCACGUAGCUUAACAUCAAAAGUACUUAACAGACGGUAUUUCUCAAACUGUAGCUAGAAUCACUGUGGUAAGUGCCAAUUAAGACUCAAAUGAGUUACAGUGCAUCCACCUGGUUCAUCUUGAUUAAUUUUAUAUUGCUGCCUUUUAAUUACAGUCUCCUUGUAGACCAGACCUGAAGCUUGCUUUGCCAGCAAAUAAGUGGUAGACGGGCUACUUAUGCUGGUAACAUUGGAUCAAUGUUGUAAGAACAUUGUACCAGCACACAUUUUCAGGGUGUCCAUAUUUUGACUUGUUGUCAAAAGGUUUCCUUGCCUUUGAAACUUUAGAUUUCAUUUGGGAGAGUAAGGUUCUCCUAUUUACCAGGCAGAAUCUAUGGAUAGUUUGAUAUUCGCAUUCCGGAUCUUUUUCAUUCAUCUAGCUGUAUCAUUCCGUACAGCACAUUUAAAAUGUCACCUUGAUAUGUCGUCGAAGGCUUUCAUGGCCGGGAUCACAGGGUUGUUGUAUGUCUUUCGGGCUGUGUGGCCAUGUUCCAGAAGCAUUCUCUCCUGACGUUUCGCCCACAUCUAUGGCAGGCAUCCUCAGAGGUUGUGAGGUAUGGAGAAAACUAAGCAAAGAGGUUAAUAUAUAUCUGUGGAAAGUCUAGGGUGAGAGAGGUCAGUAUGAAUGUAGUGUAGUUAAUCACUUAAAUUAGCAUUGAAAAGCUUAUCUGCUGUCUUCUUCCUGCCUCUGGGGCAUCCUUUGUUUAGAGUCGUUAACUGCCCUUGGUUGAUUCAUGUCUGGAAACCCUCUGUUUUCAGAGUAUUGCUUUUUAUUUACUGUUCUGAUUUUUGAGUUUUGUAAUACUGGUAGCCAGAUUUUGUUCAUUUUCAUGGUUUCUUCCUUUCUGUUGCCUGCCAUAGAUGUGGGCGAAACGUCAGGAGAGAAUGCUUCUGGAACAUGGCCACACAGCCCGAAAGACAUACAACAACCCUGUCACCUUGAUACUUGUUUUGAGGACAUCAAAGCCCAGAUCAUGAUUUGUAUUUUCUUCUUGCAGCAAUACAUCAGGGAUUUAAGAGAAAAAAAACACUGACAGGCAAUUUCUGCCAUAUUUUACAUGGUGCAAAAUCUUGUUGCAGGUACUUAACUGUGAAACUAAUAUUGGUCCAUGUCUUUCAAGGUUUGUCACACUUUUGGUGGGUGUCCUACAACAGUCUUCAUAUUAUUCCCACAAACAUCCCUGUUGGAAUCUGCACCUUAUGCUUUCCCUUGGUUGAGAAAAGCGAUUUUCUGUGUUGCAAGAAUUCAGAUUGCUAUGGAUGGUAGAGCAGAGCUGAGCCCAGGACCAAUCUUUUUUUUAAAAAAAAUGGUAUGUAUUACAUUAACAUUAUUAAAUUUGUUUACAGAUUGUGUGAAAAUGUCCACAUACAACCUGGUUUUUAUCCAAAAUGUUUGAAACAACUUCGUAACGUUUUUCUUUAUGUUAUUUCUGGGAAAAUGUUCUGGUACACUUCAUUUUGGAAGUAGCCUUCACUGCCUAGCUUGUCCUUUCUUGAAUAUGAUCCAUCUCUACAGCAGUAUCAUAGCAGCAUAAAAAGGGGCCUGAGUAUUGGAGAAUCUCCAGUCCAGCUUUCCUGACAUCCAACCAGGAUAGUAAGUGCUAACCUGAGAUUAAGGUUCAGGAAAUAGUCUGUACAAAGAAAUGGCAAUAUGAAGCAGAUGUACAGUAUGACCCCCAUAUCUCAGGACCAGUGUUUUGUUUAUCCAAAAUACAUCCUUGCUAGGCAUUUUCUGUGUCCUCUGGCAUGACCAUAUGGCAUAUGUAUAAAACACAAAUGUGGCCCUCCAGGUGCUGGCUGGACUACAACUCCUGUAUUCCUCAUCAUUAGAUGUCAUGAAUAGAACUGAUGGGAGUUGGGAUAUAGUAACAUCUAAAAGGAUGUCGUUUGUUUUGUUGAAUCAGGAAAGUGGGGUUUGAAUGUAAAUCCAAGGCUUGUAGAUAGGAUGUCUGGCUUUAAAAUGUCCUUAAACCUUUCCCCAACCUCAGAGCCACUAGUGCAGUUAGGUUGCAAUUCCCAAUAUCCCCAGUCCGCAUGGUGAAUAAUACAAUGUGAUGGGAGAUGUUCAGUAAUAUCUGGGGACCCAAACUGGGUAGAAACUAGUAUGUAUAGAAAUUAUAGUUGGCCCUCUGUAUCCAUGAAUGCACCAUCCAUGGAUCCUCCAACCCUUUGAAGGCAACCAUAAGGUUGAUGUGGUCCUUGAUGAAAAAGAGUUUGACACCCCUUUUCUAUGGCAUUCUUGGGACAGGAAUCCUUCAUUUCAACAGGAUCCACGUAAAGUCUGAAAAUUUAUUCCCUCCUGCCCUGGAAACUGGCCGUACUGUGUUCUCUCCCCUUGUUGCCUCCCAAUAGUACGAGGGCUAUCCAGAAAGUUCAUUACGUUUUGGAAUUAAAAAUAAACAAAAGUAUAGGAGAAAACAUUUACCAUAUUCAGUUGAAAACCAGACCCAAAUACCAGUUCUCACCAUAGUCCCCAGUGAAAUCUAGGCAGUUAUCAUAGCAAUAAAAGUGUUUGGAAAGCCCCCCCCCCCCCACAUUCCCGCCUGGCUUGUGUCCUGAACCUGGCUGGCUUCCCUUCCCUCAGCUGCGCAUGUGCUGUGCUCAGCUUUCCCACGAUCUUCCUGGAUCAUUCUUUCGUUUUUACAUUUGUCAAGUGAGAUGGGAGACAAACUUUCAUUUCUUUAGUUCCCGUUCCAUACUGAACUAAGCAAAAGUACAUAAAAGACCAAUUGCAGUUUGUAAACAGAUAGCAUUAGAGUAAAAAGUAUAUAAUUGUAGUUCAUUUGUAAAUGCAGUUUUGAGGUGAAGGCAAUUAGCUGUCAUUUUAAAAUGUACUGUAUAUACUCGAUUAUAAGCCUAGUUUUUUAGCCCUUUUUUAGGACUGAAAAAAACCCUCUUCGGCUUAUACCCGGGUGAGGGUCCCGGUGGGCUUAUAUUCAGGUCGGCUUAUACUCAGGUAUAUAUGGUAUAUUUAUUAUUUUUCUCUAUUAUUAUUGGUAUUGUUACAUUUAUUAUUUUACUCUAUUAAUUAUUAUUAUUACAUUAAUUAUUUUACUUUAUUAUUGUUGUUACUUUUACAUUUAUUUUUCUCUAUUUUUAUUAUUAAUAAUACAUUUAUUAUUUUAUUAUAUUUAUUAUUACAUUUAUUAUUAUACUGCAUUUAUUAUUAUUAUUAUUACUUUUAUUAUUUCACUCUAUUAUUAUUAAAAGGAUACGUAAGCACAUUUACAUUGAAGAAGAUGAAAAUAAUGAUUUAAUCAGAGUUGGACACUCAUAUCUUAAAUUACAGUUUGAUGUAAAGAUUCAAAAACAUUUAAACUACUGAGGCCUCAAUUAAUGUAAUUUUACUGGUAUCUCAGCUUAUACUGGAGUCAAUGUUUUCCCAGUUUUUUGUGGUAAAAUUAGGUGCCUCGGCUUAUAUUCGGGUCGGCUUAUACUCGAGUAUAUACUGUAUUUUUAAUACUUUAGUACAGUAUAAUUGCAUUGCUUUAAUUUAUAUUGUGUCACAUUUGCCAUCCCACCCCUGCAAUAAAAGACCAGACCACAGUGUGGAUUGAAACAUGGCCAACUUUUAUUUAAAACAUCUGAAUUAACUUUACACCUAUCUAUCCCUUCCCCCUCCCCCCCAUCCCCCCCCCAACCCUUUCUACCUGUCACUCUCACAUUCCUGUUCUUCUUCCCUCCUCCCUCCCCUUUUUCUUCCCUGCCUUUCCCCUUCCUCCUCUUCGGCCUUCUUUUUGACCAGAAUCUGAGCAGGAAUCGGGAUUCAUUGGGGUUAAAUCCUCGCCCUCUGUUUCAUAGAUGUUAUUUCUUCCUGUUGUUAAUUGAGUUUUUAGUAAUUCCCUCUGCAUCCAUAGGAUCUCCUUAAUGCCUUUGUUGAUUUCAAUGGUGUUUUUCACUAUCUGCUCCAUCAUCCGUUCAUUUUUCAUUUCUGCAACAGUUGGCAUCUUGGUCAUGGCCUGGCUGGGCUGCAAAAAAUGACAAAACAAGAUCAUUGUAUUAACUUAAGGGGAAAAAAUAGAGGUUUAUCAAAAUGGCCAUUUGGUUUUAUUCUCCCUAUCUUUGUGUUUCUUAACAGAAGCCUGAUGUGUAGAUAGUAAGCAUAGACUAAAGUGACAUUUUCUCAAAGUGUCAGUCUGCUGUCAAAUACAGGGAGGAGACCUGUAAAAAGCGCUAUCACCUUUUUGUAAGGUUCUUCUUGCAGGCGUAGAGAACAAUGCAAAUACAUUUUCAUUAGAAAUAUGUAAAUAUGAUAAAAUACGUGAGACACUCAAAUGGGUGGACCAUACUGUUCAUUGUAAAAUGCAUACAUAUCAAUCUUAAGGGUCAAGGUUUCCCCUGACGUUAAGUCCAGUCGUGACCGACUCUGGGCGUUGGUGCUCAUCUCCAUUUCUAAGCCAAAGAGCCAGCAUUGUCCAUAGACACCUCCAAGGUCAUGUGGCCGGCAUGACUGCAUGGAGUGCCAUUACCUUCCCGCCGGAGCAGUACAUAUUGAUCUACUCACAUUUCCAUGUUUUCAAACUGCUAGGUUGGCAGGAGCUGGGGCUAACAGCGGGCACUCAUUCCACUCCUGAAAUUUGAACCUGGGACCUUUUGGUCCACGAGUUCAACAGCUCAGCGCUUUAACACACUGUGCCACCAAGAGCCCCCGUAUAAAUCUUACCUUAACGUUUUUCAUGCAUUUCCAUGAAAUGUAGAUGCUAGAAAUCCCAAUAACUGUCAGCAGUAGCAGCGCACUACGAAUAAUCCAUGCCUCUAUGGUCCUUCGUGAAAUGUCUAUGCCAAAAAGAAGACACAUCUGAUUGCUCUCUUUUCCAUAGUUGUUCUCUUUCUUGAGAUGACAAAUCUAAGCCAGUUGUUGCCCAGGCCGGUUUUUCGUGGCUGAGAACAUUUGGCAGUAAGACGGCAGUCCCCCAAAAAAAGCACACAACAGAAGCCUCCAAGAAACAUCCUGACUGUCUUGUAGGCAACCGGAAGUACUUCUGUUAAAGAAGCUUCAAUAUGAGAACACCAGGCCUGGAGAAAUUCUAUGAGGUCAUAGAACUGGUAUUUGGGUGUGGCUUUCAACUGCAUAUGGUAAAUGUUUUCUCCUAUACUUGGUUUAUUUUUAAUUCCAAAACGUAAUGAACUUUCUGGAUAUUUGAUGUCGGUCUCUCUAUCCACCAGGAAGCACAUUACUUGCAGAGGGAUAUAGCAUGAGGUUGGACUAUCAACCACAUUCCGCUUCCCCAGUUUGUCUUCUUCAUCUUUUGAAGAACGUUGCUGUGGUGCUUCACCUGCUGUUUAGCUUAAGGUUUUUGUUGCUCUCACUGAAGAAAAAUCCUUUACAAGUUCUGCCAGUGUGGUCUCCACAGUUUUCAACUAUCCAAGCAAUUUAUAAACCGGUUUCUCCAACUUUUCUUAAACUUUGAUACCGCUUCAUAUUGCGUGCCUGUGUCAAUACAAUCCUCACACGCCUUUUCAGGAAGCUUUAUAUCUGUGAGCAUGUUGACAACAAUGCAUUGCUACUUCUGUGGUUUCUUUACCAUUCAGUCUUUUAAAAAAUCAUGGAUUUCUUAAUCUUCCUUUGUUUAUAUGUCUGUUUUCCACCAAAUGUGAAUUUUGAGCCAGCAGGCAACACCCUGUAUAAAGAAAUGUAUAUAAACAAAUCAUUCACUGUCCUGAUUGCAGAGGGUCACUUCAUGGGCACAAAUACUAAAAUUACUGAGAAAUCCUUGGACGAAACAAGCAAGUGACAAAUAAAUUUGGGUAUUUAGCUACUGCAUUUUUCCAGAAUACAAGAAUGGCAACAUAUGUAAAUUAAACUUGUUAUCUAUGUAAGGUAACAAUCCUGGAAAUGGUAUUCCAGAUAAGCAGUUAAGGGAUGCAGCAGAGGAGAGUUCGAAUAAGUCAUUAAAUGCAAAUUCAUAGAAUAAAAUUGAGAAAGCAUUGAUCCCAUCACUGAAUGACCCAUGGUUUGACUAAUGAAGUCUUUCGUGCUUGAUCUAGGCUGCUUAGAGAGAACUAUGGGAUGCAGAGCCAUGGGUUUCCACAUGGAAACAACUCUGUGGAGUACCAUAUACAGCAGUGGUUCUCAACAUGUGGGUUCCGAGGUGGUUUGGGCUACAACUCCCAGAAAUCCCAGCCAGUUUACCAACUGUUAGGAUUUCUGGAGUUGAAGGCCAAAACAUCUGAGGACCCACAGGUUGAGAACCACUGAUAUACAGGAAGUGACAACUUUCACCCUGAAAUUGUCAUGAAUACUUUUUGAACCAAAAAUGUUCUUUAAUCUGAUUUCUGUGGGACAGUUUGCUAUCAGGUACCUUAAGAGAAUGAAGUAGUCACACAGACUGAGUACUGGUUUUAUAGAAGCUAUAUUGGUUACACUGACAAAGGGAAAAUCACCUUUACUCAGCAUACAUUCAUUCAUACACAUACUCACCACCUUCUUCAUUUGGACCAUCUUGGAAGGAGGCCAUGAGUGUUUAGACUCUGCAUUCCCCACAGAUCUGACACACUUUUCUAAGGGGAAAGGGAUCUCUAUGUAGCAACUUCUUGUUGUUGUUUUGGAUUGAUUGACAACUUGUUAUUCAGCUAAAACUUACUGACACUUUUAUCAGUUCCGGACAAAUAUUGUUUUUUCCCCAUAAUAUAAGCAACAAUUUUUUAACUUAAAUAAUUAUUGUUUCUGACUAUGUAAACAUGUCCUGUUGGUGGGCGAAACGUCAGGAGAGAAUACUUCUUGAACAUGGCCAUACAGCCCGGAAAACACACAACAACCACAUGUCCUGUUUACACGUUCCCAAGUCAGUUAUUGUCAGAUCAGCAGUUUUCGUGCCAUAGUCAAUAUCAUGUCAUUUUAAGCCUCAAUCUUCUUAGAAUGUUAUCAUUAUUAUUAUUAUUAUUAUUAUUAUUAUUAUUAUUAUUAUUAUUUAAUAAAUAAUAAACAAAUUUUAUUUGUAACCCACCACCAUCUCCCAGAGGUACUCAGGACAGUCACAGAGUACUCGAGGUGUAACACGCAAGAUACAAAAAUGCAAAAACAAAACAUGAGCAUUAUAAACAACCAACAUAACAUCACAAUAACAUACUACCCCUAAUCAAACCAUAAAAUACAGCUAUUACUGCAAGUAAAAACAGUAUAUGAUCUCAGACUAGUAAAGUGCUUGAUGGGUAAUCUAAAGGUCCUCGUAUGUAUUUGAAAAGGAUCUCGAUGUGGUCAAAGGCCUGUCGGAAAAGCCAUGUCUUUAAUUGUGGAGGGUCUUCAGCCCUGGCAAGCCUUAAUAGGCCCUUAGCCAGGCCCCAAUCAUACAAUUUCAUUCACUCCACGCAUCACAAGAUCCCUUCAUCGGGAUUGCCAAGGUGCAUGUAAUGAAUAUUCACCAUCCGUGGGCCUUACUGAUUUCACAAUAUGACGAGUAUAAUGUGGAGGUCUGUAAACAAAACAUCUCAAAAGUAGUAAAUGAAAUUAACACAUAAUUCCAAAGAAAUAAACAUUGUACAUGUCAGAUCUGAACAAAGUGAAAGAAGGUGAAGCAAAGGGCUACUGAGUGGGUUUGAAGCCAGAAAUUCAUCAAUUUCUGAAUGAGAUCCCUUGAGUCUUUCUGAGCAGAGGAGAAACACCACCAGGUACUGUCACAAGCUAGUCACCAUUGUCAUAGGCAGCCUUGCCUUUUAUCGAUGGUUUCUUCUAAGCCUGUCUGCUUACUCAAACUUUUCAUUUCUUUCCUCUUAUUUGCAUGUCUCUUUUUGCUCCUUUUCCUUCACUUGAUUCCACUCCACCUGUCUUCCAGCUAAAAAUCGUUAUCAUUUUAUAAUCCAGAUUAUUAGUGUUUUUAAUUAACUAAUUUGACAGUUGGUGCUAAAAACAAUCAAAUAAGGAUAGUAUUGAGAAAUAUUAAAAAUUAGCAUAGUCCAGACCUAGGACCCCUUCCCGACUGCUGGAUCCAAGGGAUUUGUAUCAAUUUCCUCCCCAGCUCUUGAGAGUGGAUGAUGAACUCCAUUGUUGUUUUUAUUGUGUACCUUCAAAUUGUUUCCAGUUUAUGGUGACUGUUAUAUUUGCCCAGAGUAGGUGUGAUGUUGCCUUCCUCCGAGACUGAAAGGGCGUGAUUUGCUCAAGGUGGGCAUCCAUGGCCCUCACCCAAAACACCACGCUAUGUUGGUUGAUAAUGCACCGAGAUAUCGCUACUUGCUCCAUGUUCAACCUCAAGAUUUUCUUUUUAUAUAAAUUGCCAUCUGGAGAGUAUGUUUCCAUGAGUCUUCUUAUUCCAGUCUUUCAGCCAUCCCGAAUGCAAUUAUCACGAGUGUGUGAAAUGUUUUCAAAUUGCUUCUGCGUCUGAUGGAUGCAUUGUGGAAUAAAUCCCAAUCAUCCAGCAUCCCAUUAUCUCAGUUUUUUAUUUAUUUAUUUAUUUCCAAUAUUUCUACCCCGCCCUUCUCCCCGAGGGGACUCAGGGCGGCUUACACAACUGGUAGGAUCACUACCAGUACAUCAUAAUACAAUAAAAUAAGAAUAAAACAGUUAAAAUAAUUAAAUAACAUAAUAAAAUACAAUAUAUAAAAUUUAAAACAAUGCAACACCAAAUAUAUAUACCAAUCAUCCAUCAGACCUUGUGCAAAAGCCUUAAUCCGAUCCAUGUCAAUGCUAACUGAGUUCAUUCAUUAAACGCUUGCGCGCAUAGCCAGGUCUUCAGCUUCUUCCUGAACCCCAAAAGGGAUGGAGCCUGCCGGAUGUCACUGGGGAGGGAGUUCCACAGCCGAGGGGCCGCCACCGAGAAGGCCCUGUCUCUCGUCCCCACCAGCCGUGCUUGUGAGGCCGGUGGGAUCGAGAGCAGGGCCUCCCCGGAUGAUCUUAAGGUUCUCGUGGGCUCAUAGGAGGAGAUGCGUUCGGACAGGUAAAUUGGACCAGAACCGUUUAGGGCUUUGUAGGUCAAAACCAGCACUUUGAAUUGGGCUCGGUAGCAUAUUGGCAGCCAGUGGAGCUGGCUUAGCAGGGGGGUAGUACGCUCCCUGUAAGCCGCCCCAGUUAUUAAUCUGGCUGCCGCCCGUUGUACUAGCUGGAGCUUCCGGGCCGUCUUCAAAGGCAGCCCCACGUAGAGCGCGUUGCAGUAAUCCAAACGAGCUGUAACCAGAGCGUGGACCACCGUGGCCAAGUCAGACCUCCCAAGGAACGGGCGCAGCUGGCGCACAAGGCGGAGUUGUGCGAAGGCUCUCCCGGCCACCGCUGAAACCUGAGGCUCCAGGCUCAGCGAUGAGUCCAAGAGAACCCCCAGACUGCGAACCUGUGUCUUCAGGGGGAGUGCGACCCCGUCCAACACAGGCUGUAACCCUAUUCCCCGUUCAGCCCUGCGACUGACCAGAAGGACCUCUGUCUUGUCUGGAUUCAGUUUCAAUUUGUUAGCCCUCAUCCAGUCCGACACAGCGGCCAGACACCGGUUCAGGACCUGGACAGCCUCCUUAGUGACAGGUGGGAAGGAGUGACAGAGCUGGACAUCAUCUGCGUACAGAUGACACCGGACCCCAAAACUCCGAAUGAUCUCUCCCAACGGCUUCAUGUAGAUGUUAAACAACAUGGGGGACAGUACUGACCCCUGCGGGACCCCACAAGUCAACGGUUGUGGGGCCGAGCAGGCGUCCCCCAAUGACACCAUCUGGGACCGACCCUCCAGGAAUGAGUGGAGCCACUGCAGAACAGUACCUCCAAGUCCCAUUCCUGCGAGGCGUCCCAGAAGGAUACCGUGAUCGACGGUAUCGAAGGCCGCUGAGAGGUCCAGCAGAACCAGCAGGGACACACUCCCCCUGUCCAGUUCCCGGCGUAGAUCAUCGACUAAGGCGACCAAGGCUGUCUCGGUGCCAUGCCCCGGCCUGAAGCCAGACUGCGCCGGAUCCAGAAAAUCAGUGUCAACCAAGAAUGCCUGGAGUUGCGCAGCCACCACACGUUCCAGGACCUUGCCCAAAAAGGGGAGAUUGGAAAUAGGCCGAUAGCUAUCCAAUUGAGUGGGAUCUAGUGAUGGCUUCUUCAACAGCGGUUUGAUCACAGCCAAUUUAAGGCUCGCUGGAACAAUGCCUUCCCGAAGGGAGGCAUUCACCACCACCUUCACCCACUCGGCCAAUCCCCCUCUGGCUUCUCUCACCAGCCAGGAUGGGCAGGGGUCUAGGAUGCAUGUGGUAGCCUUUGCCUCUCCAAGCACCUUGUCCACAUCCUCGAGCUCAACCAAUUGAAAUGAAUCCAUCAAAAUAGGACAAGCAGGAGCUCGUGUUACAUCCUCGGAAGCUGCCAUUAAUAUGGUGUCAAAGCUAGAGCGGAUCAGAGCGACUUUGUCCGCAAAGAACUGAGCAAAUGCUUCACAGCGGGCUGCCGAGUUGUCAGGGAUCCCAUCUUGAGAGAUGGGAUUCAACAAACCUCUAACAACUCGGAACAGCUCUGCCGGACGGUUCUUUGCGGACGCAAUAUUAGCUGCAAAGAAAACAUUCUUAGCAGCAUCUAUUGCCGCGGCGUAUGCCUUUAAAUAAAGGCACAGCCGUGCUCGGUCUGGUUCGUUCUGCUUCAAACGCCACACGCGCUCUAGACCCCUCUUCUUUCGCUUCAUCGCUGCCAACUCCUCAGUGAACCAAGGAGAUGGUUUAGCUCGGGUACUCGAGAGGGGACGUUCCGGAGCAAUCGUGUCUAUUGCCCUAGUCGCCUCCUUGUUCCAGAGGGCAACCAGAGCAUCGACAGGAUCACCAACCGAGGCAGCGGGAAACUCCCCAAGAGCCGUCAGGAAUCCAUCCGGAUCCAUAAGCCUCCGGGGGCGGACCAUUUUAUUAGGUCCUCCACCCCUGCGGAGGUUGGGGGGCACAGCGAGUCUAAACCUGAUCAGGUGAUGGUCGGUCCAUGGCAAAGGAGUGAUGGUGAGCUCCUCCACACCACCACCUUCCUCCCAUCCCUGGCAGAAAACCAAGUCAAGUGUGUGCCCUGCUCUGUGGGUGGGACCAGAUACCAAUUGGGACAGCCCCAUGGUUGCCAUGGUGGCCAUGAAGUCCUGAGCUGCGCCAGUCAGGGUGGUCUCCGCAUGGACAUUGAAGUCCCCCAGCACAAUAAGCCGCUGGGACUCCAACGCCAGGCCCGAGACCAUCCCCGCUAGCUCAGGCAGGGAGACUGUAGUGCAGCGGGGUGGUCGGUACACUAGCAGAAUCCCUAAUCUGUCCCGGUCACCCACCCUCAGGUGGACACAUUCAAACAAGGUUGACUGCGGGAUGGGGCACCUGGUCAGGGGGAUGGAAUCCUUGUAGACCACUGCGACUCCGCCUCCCCUCCCUCCGGAUCUUGGUUGGUGCUGCACGGAGUACCCAGGAGGACAGAGUUGGGUGAGAUUAACCCCACCCGCCUCAUCCAGCCAGGUCUCCGUUAUGCACGCCAGGUCUGCCCGUUCAUCCAGGAUAAGAUCCUGGAUAAUUGCGGUUUUUCCAUUUGCAGACCUGGCGUUCAACAGCACCACCUUUAGUCCGAAGGGACCGCCAGCCCGGAUAUCCAAAUUUACCAUAUCAGGAGACCGUUUUAAAUCUACAAGAAAUCUCUCCCUAGGCCGAAUUAAUUUUGGUCUCCUUUUCCCGCAUCUCCUCCUCCCCUGAAUAACUUCAAUGGGGGCUCCUCGGCUAGCGGACAUCCCCCCUCCCUCUACAGUUCAUGAAAAGCUAUUCUGUAUAAGUUCUUAAGUUGAUUGCUUUCGGCUGCCAGAAUACAUUGCACAUAUUACUUACUGCUUUUACACAAUGUGGCAAUUGGAAGAAAAAAAAACAUCAGAAACUCUGGUCUUAUUGCAAAAAGGUACUUUUCCAAACUCAGUCCCACAGAGAGUUAAGUUGUUGCUCAAAUAGGCAGGUGUUCCAGCAGGUAAAUGGCAUGCCCCGUUCCUCAGAAAGGGAACAAACAAAGGCAUCGAGCAUUGCCAUUUCCCUCAAGACGUCAACUUCGAUUAGCCACCGUAUUCGUGGGUCUACAGUUGAUCCUCCUUCAAACUGCAGGCAAGUGUGUACAGCCUUUAAAAACUAAAAGCAAACCAAUUUGGACAGGUUUGGAAUCAGAAACACAGAAACUAUUCUUAAUAUAACUACAUCACAUGAAUUAUAUUGGAGCCCCCAAUGGCGUAGUGGGUUAAAGCCUUGUGACUUGAAGGUUGGGUUACUGACCUGAAGGCUGCCAGGUUCGAAUCCAACCCAGGGAGAGUGCAGAUGAGCUCCCUCUAUCAGCUCCAGCUCCAUGCGGGGACAUGAGAGAAGUCUCCCACAAGGAUGGUAAAAACAUCAAAACAUCUGGGCGUCCCCUGGGCAACGUCCUUGCAGACAGCCAAUUCUCUCACACCAGAAGCGACUUGCAGUUUCUCAAGUCAAUCCCGAUACGAAAAAAAAUCUAUUAUAUUAAUUAUAUCUGCCUUAUGAUAUAAGGAUGCUUGCUUACAUCAUACUGUUAGGUGUUAUGGUUCCACUUUAGCUGCUAUGGAUCUGUUUAAUAUAAUUGUAGGAUUUGCAAGUUAAUGGGAGCAUUUAGAAUUUUUAGCCAGAGAGUUCUAGGGCGCAUCUACACCGUGCAGUUUGACACCGCUUUAAUUGCCAUGGCUCAAUGUGGAAUUCUGGGUGUUGUAAUUAUUGUUGUUGUUUUAUUUAUUUAUACUCUACUUUAGCUCUCCCGAAGGGGACGCAAAGCGGCUUAACAUAAAAGCAUUUGCAUACCAUUUCAAUUAUACAAAUAUGCAAAUAUUAAAACAGGAUUAAACAUAAACAGUGUUUUAAAAUUCACCAUUAUUUCCAAUUAUUUCCAUUCUAUGCUACUUUGAGGAGAGAGUUAUAUGAUUCUGUCUCAAAACCAACAGGUACAAAGUCCAAAUACAGAAAGGACAUAACAUCUGUCCCUCUUUAAAGCUCUGCACCAUAGUUGCAAACAUCUAUUGAAAGUGCAGAAAACUUCAUUUUUGCAUUUUGGUCACCCCAUGGUCACCCAAACCAUCUUAACUUCAAUUCGGCAUCAGUUGUGACACUACUUGUAUUAUUAAUACCAUGGUCUUGUGAAAAGAGAGAUACAUGGGUCAAGAUCUUGAGAAAUUCCAAUUAUUUCCAGUUAGGAAAGAACUGGAUGAAGCACACUACUAGCUUGUUAGCACAAUUAGCUCCUCAGAGUCUUAAGAUGAAAGUGUCCACAGAAUGAGCCAUAUUAUUAGUUCUACAAGUUUGAUUGAGUUCUACAAGUUUAAUUUCUGUUAAUGUUCUGUUUAAUCUUGGAGAGCUUGUACAUAUUCUAUCCCAUUGCUUUUUCUGUCAGUGAUUCUCAAUCUGUGGUCCGUGGACCACCAAUGGUCCGCAAGAACGAAAAUAUGGUUCGUGGCCUCACCAUUAUUACACCAUUGCAACAAAAGCGACUGAUCUUGUGAAACCCUCUUAUAGUGCCGAGGCUUAUUAAACAUGGUUUUCUGUGGGUGAGCAGAUGGCAACUACUGGAUGGCAUAUGUUUUGUAUCAGAAACUAGAGUUGAUGUGGUCUAUCCAAUGUAAUAUUAUGAAUCAGCACCCCAAAUAACCAAACCAAAUCUACAAGUGACCAAAAACUGUUUCGUAACCCUUUUGGUACUAAUGUUGGAGAGUGGUCCCUGGUCAAAAAAGGUUGGGAACCACUACUCAAUGUAUUGAUUUUUGACGAAAUCUAUAUUUUGCUCACCUGUUAUACAUUUCAUAAUGUGUCUAUGUAUCCCGUUGACUCCUCAAGAAUCCAUUUGGAGCAGCCUUUCUUCCAUCUGGUGUCCAUCAGAUGUUUUGGGUUACGGCUCCUACCUGAUCCGGCCAAGUGGUUAAUGGACAGGGACGGGGAGAGUUGUAGUCCAACACACCACAAGGGCAGUGGAUUACCAAAUGCUCGUUUGGCAGGUAAUGAGCAGAGGAAAGAAAUCUAUUUUACUGACUGGCUGCCCAAAUAUAAAAUGGAACAGUUGCUACCAACCAAAUGGAGUUGUGCUCACAGUUUGUGUUUUACACGUUUGUGGGAUGAAAAUAAAGUGACAGCUACAUCUGUCAAAAAGAAAACCCUCAUUAAUUUCGGAAAUUUGUGUAUCCAAGAUACAGAAAGUUAUUUUUACUUUAAAUGAGCAUAUAAAGUCGCCAAAACUUCUCUGAAACAUCCAACAGCAAUAAAGAAAUGCCCGGCUUUUUCAAUCAGGACCUGGCUUUGUUCCCACGAGAGGGGCUUCGCUGUGAAGAUAAUCCCCAAGCACAUGGCAGACGCUCCGAAUGCUGACUAACCAAGAAUCUCUAUCUCCUUCCUUAUUGAAAUGUCUGUGAGAGUUAAUAACAGAGGAACAAAUGUGAUUGGAUGGGUUAUCCUUUUGCAUGCAGAAGGUGUCCUCACAAUAGGGCUAUUUUAUUCUUCCGCUUAGGCUGACUUGCCUGGAAAAUUACAUUCAGAGAUGUGUUUCUGUUUCCUCAAAAGCUUGUACAAUAUCUUUGGGAGUUAGGAGAACAUAAUGAUUUAUAGCACCAGGAGAAUAUUUCAUGAACUUUUGUUCAAAUGCUUAUAAAUUAGCAUUUGCUGCUGCUUUCCUAAGGUGGACAUUGUUUCUUUAGGUUGUCCAUUAAAGUUAGUUUUGAAUUAC